AUGAAACGACAUCUGAUACCUAGUAGUGUUGCUUCAAAAGAACCUAGUACAAAUCUCUCGCAUCUUCAACAGAUCGACUCACAGCUGACACUUAUGCUAUUUCUGCAAUCACUCAUUGCGAUUAUUGCAUAUAUUCCCUUUGGAGCUGCAGUUCUUUAUUUCAACAUCGCUGGCGAGUGGACUAAAUCAAGUAUACGACAGGCUUGGGAACAAGUAAUUGCUAACAUCAUUCGUCUAUUUUCCUAUCUAUUUGCUGCGACUGGUUUUUAUGUAUCGAUGAUUUCAAAUCAUGGUUUUCGCGGACAAUUUAUGCGUUCAUUUAGAAUAAAAACAAGGGUUCAUCCUCAAGAAGGCACAAGAAUCAUUGUUAAACCUUUAACCACUCGUGUUAUUCAAUAA